CCUUUUUUUUUUUAUUUUUCAGAGUCCAUGGGUACUGGUGAAGGAUUUGUGGGUUGUAUCUCAAGAGUUCAGUUUGAUGAUCAUUUUCCUUUAAGGAGACUUUUCCAAGAGAGUCGCAGAGCAAAUGUUUGGUCAGUUCCUGUUGAUAUUAGAGAGGAUGACUGUGGCAUUGAACCUGUUACUCAUCCACCUGAAUAUAGAGCCACUCGACCACCACCCACUUUGCCUCCGGGAGUUCGCAUCGAAGCUCAUAGAUCUGGUGAAGAUGAUUCUGCUAUACUUGGAGGUAAUAUCUUUGAUAAUUUAGUUUUAUUAUUUAUUUAUUUUAUUGUUCUUUUACCUAACAUUUGCUUACUG